GCCAUUCCUGCUUGGCUCAGUUUCUUCGAUGGGCGGUAAACGGGAUCGUCCUGAUGGGCUAGCCAAAGCAGCUCCCUCCCACGAUAAGUUGAUCUGACUUAAAAAGAGUCCCGGUCCUCCACCCCAUCUACCUAGCUUCCCCCCCUUCUCUUUUCCCUCCCAUUCUUACUACUAUUCGUAUACGAUAAUAAAUCACCUUCGCUAAACUAUUUUAAACGGUCAACGCCUUUCUUUUUUAACCACAAUCAACAAAAUGUCUUCUCCUCAGCCCCAGAUGGUCGCCCAGCAGAUGACUGCCGAGUCCCCUGCCCGAGUCAGCUCCGAGCAGCCGCGUCCCAUCCAGCCCAUGGCCAUGGAGUCCACCGCUAGCAUGCGAGGUGGCGAGGGCGAGAAGGGUGCCAUCUGCUGCGGUAUCUGCGCCGGUCUUGCCUGCUUCGAGUGCUGCGAGUGCACUGAGGACUGCUGCGAAUGCUGCUGCUAAACGGUGUUGCGCAAGGAUAUAAUAUUGAACAUGGAAAUACCUUGAUGGAACGGGAACGACAUGUUCCCAGGAGCUUUGUUUCUUUGGCUGUAUUGGCCAUUUAAUGAUAUGAUAUCCCAGACUAUUCAGUCUCGACGAAUAGAGCAAUA